GCGGGGAGCCUGGUCACUUCUUAGCUUCCUGUCCCUUUCGUACCAGCCGUCCAGGUCAAAACUCCCAACCCUCAGGCGGCAGUUCCAGUCCAAGGGAGGUCACCAACCAAGAAAGCUAUGCUGACAUUGAGGGGACGACCACAGGUCAUCUUGCCAGUCAACGAUAGGAAGAUAACCUGUUUCAUAGACACUGGCUCGGAGGUGACGGUACUGAAGGAAGAAGCAGCCAAACUCCUACCUGGCAUCCGCAUGUUGCGCAGUUCUCGGACACUUAAAGGAGUUGCCGGGAUGCCUAAAUCUGUUGAAGCCGAAGCUGAUCUGAAGUUUACCAUCCACCCUGGUUUAGACCUUGUGCACAGGACCUGUAUCACCUCUGGCAUUCAUUUUCCUGGGGAUAUGCUCGUUGGGAUGGAUUUGCUUAGGAGAUUGCCUGUGGUUAUAUUUAUUUCGCCGAAUUCUAGUGACAGUUACUUGGAGUUGGAUGGUCACCGUCAUGUAGUCACGUUUGUGGGUGAAGAGUCUUCGCACUGUUGUGAGGUUCCUGCAUGUCAUGAGUCCAGGGGAGAGCUUCCGGAGUCUUCCAUUCCCUUGCAACCUCGCUACGUCUCGCCUGUGCAUGUGACUGAAGCAACAACAAUCGAACCUAGGGCUGGUAGAUUUGUAGCUGCUUCCCUUUCACGUAGUGUUCCUGAUGAAACUCAUGUUGCUGUCAUUGAAGGAAAUGCGGCCCGUUUGCUCGUUCCACGCACCCUUAUUACCGUUCAAGAAAGGAGGUCAAGCAUUUGGGUGGUAAAUACAGAACCGAAACCCCGGAAACUAAGUCCUGGUACUAUUGUGGGUUAUGCCGAACUCGUAGAAACUAGUGAUCUCCAAACCACUUCCCAGUUUCUUCAGAUACCCUCAGGGGGUACUCUCAAGGAAACCAUUGAUGGUAAGGCUCCAAAGUUACGUGACUCACCACCCGAAGAUGUGUCUUGUGAAGACCUUGGCUCCUUGGAAAUAAGUACUGCUGAAGCUGUAACUCCUGAUUCUGGUUAUCGAGGCAGUGCACUGGGUGCAUUGAAUGAGUCAAUUGAACAGCAUGGAUUCAUUGAAGAUGGGUUUGAGAGUUUUGAUGCGUGCCUUGACUUUGGCUACGAGCCUGAUGAGUUUUUUGUGUUUCCUGAGACACCUGCCAUUGAUGAAUCAUGCCAAAUCUGCAAUGAACCCCAGCUGGAUGUCGCCAGUGCCACACCAUCGCCUAACACCGAUGGCUCCAAUCUGUUAGAGGAACAACUAAGCCUUAAUCACCUAACAUGCGAACAGAAGUCUCAACUGACAGAUAUCUUGAGGAGUUUUCCCAGACUCUACACAGGGAACAAACACACUGUAGGAACUGUCCCUGGCAUUGAACAUCGCAUUCACACUGAUGCCAAUGUUCCAGUCUGUGUACGCCAGUGGAGACUGCCGCAGAGCACAAAGGAAAUCAUUAAGCAGGAGUGUAAAACAAUGUUACAGCAAGGUGUGAUAGAACCUUCUACGAGCCCAUGGUCAUCACCAGUCGUCCUCGUCAAAAAGAAAGAUGGUUCUGUACGCUUUUGUGUGGACUAUCGAGGUCUUAACAAGGUAACCACUCCAGACAGUUAUCCACUUCCUAGGAUAGAUGAGCUCAUGGACUCUCUAUCUGGGAAGACGUGGUUUACCGUUCUCGAUAGCAGAGCUGCAUACUGGGCCAUUUCUGUUCACCCCGAGGACCGCCCAAAGACGGCUUUUACAGAUGGGAAUCGCCUGUAUCAGUUCCGACGUCUACCAUUUGGGCUGUCAACAGCACCAACGACAUUCCAGAGAACUAUGGAUAUUGUUCUCUCUUCUGUUCUUGGGCGACACACUCUUGCUUACUUAGACGAUGUUGUGGUUGCAUCUACGUCUUUUGAAGCUCACCUGAAUCAUCUCAAAGAGACGUUAGGACUUCUUGAAAAUGCAGGCAUGAAACUUAACCUCCACAAGUGUGAAUUUGCUCGACAGGAAGUCAAACUACUUGGUUUCAUUGUUGGGAGAGACGGUAUCCGACCGAACCCUGACAAGGUACUAGCAAUUGCUGCCAUGAAACGACCCAGAUCAGCACGUGACAUCCGUAGGUUUCUUGGUGCAUGUGGAUUUUUCAGGGAAUGUGAAAUUCGAGUGGGAGAUGCAGCUCAACAGGCCUUUGACACUUUGAAGGAGGCCUUGGUUAGAGCACCUGUCCUGCGCCUUCCAGAUUUUGAUCGACCAUUUGAAGUUCACACUGAUGCUAGCGGUCAGGCUCUUGGUGCUGUUCUACUCCAGAGGGAAGCAGAUGGGACGCCACAUGCGGUUGCAUAUUGGUCAAGGGUAUUAAAGGAAACAGAAACUCGUUAUCCUAUCAUUGAUUUGGAAGCCCUUGCAGUCGUGGAAGCUAUUAGAAUCUUCGACCCGUACAUAUAUGGUAGAUGCUUCACUGUCUGGACCGACCAUAGUCCACUGACAUACGUUUUUUCAAGAAAGACCAAGAGUACGAGGCUAAGUAGGUUUGCUCAUGAGCUAUCUGACUAUAAUUUCACUCUACAUUAUAAGCAAGGGGCCAGUAAUUACGUACCUGACCUGCUGUCUAGACCACCAGGAGAGCCCAUCCGAUCUCCUGAUUAUGCUUGCCCUGUAGGAAACUCUGUUGCUGACCCUGAGCCCAAUCCUGAUACCCCACUGCUGGAAGUACCCCCUUCAGUGCAGGAUCAGCAGAUGCAAGAACCGCAACCACAUCAGAUGCCCAACCUCACAACCUUGGCCUCUCAGCAGAUGAGAGAACAGCAGCUACAGGAUCCCGUCUGUACAGAUCUGAUAGCCUGGCUUGAAAGACGCAUUACACCUGGCUCAUCAACCUCCAACGGCAGCCCAUCAGGAGCUUUACGCACAUAUCAGAACUUGUGUAAUAACUGGUUCUUCCCAAACAUGCUUCACUUGGCACGAACAUAUGUUGCGAGCUGUGAAACUUGCCAGCGUCGCAAGGCUCCCGUGGUUAGAGCACCUAUGCAAGGACAUCCACCUUCUAAGGCUCCCUUAGAAAUGGUCUCCGCAGAUUUAAUGGACCUUCGCCGAUCUGCACAAGGGUUUCGAUACGUUUUAUCCAUUAUUGACCAUCAUACACGCUAUCUCCAGUUGUCAAAUGGUGUAGUUGAAAGGAGCAACAGAGUAGUAAAGGAUGCUCUUGCCGCCCUGGUACAACAGUCACCUUCACAGUGGCCUAUUCACCUGCCCGCCGUACGCUUUGCCCUUAACUCGGCCAUCCAUCGGUCCACCAGUGAUCAGCCUCUGUACCUGCUGACCGGAAGAAUGGCACUUUUUCCUCGCGGCCUGACAAAUUUGCAGACUAUUGAUGAGGGGCAGAUGGUAAAGUGUCUUGCUGAUGCUCGCCGUAUAGCGAUAAAGACAACUCUAGAAACUCGCGAAGCCAAUAAGAGAUAUUACGAUAGGAAGGCGAAACCUCUGCACCUAAAUGAAGGAUCCUUAGUUUUACGUAAGGUAGAAGGUAGUACCAGAGCCUUAGAUAGCCGAUGGAAGGGGCCUUUUCGAGUUCUAAAGAAGAUUGGUCCUGUUACUUAUGACAUUUUGGAACUGCAGCAACCUCAUCGUACUAUGCGUGUCCAUGCGAAUCAGCUCAGGCCAUUUGUUCCCGCAUCAGAGAUAGACUUUGUAGAGGAGGGUGACCAGUUGCCGUAUCCACUUGUGAACUUUGAGUUUGAUGCUGCACCAGAAUCGAGUGAACUGCUUACAGACAGUGAGAAUGGGAGCGGUGAUGUAAUGGACUUCUUCGUAUCUAAUCGAAAUAUGGUAUUGGUAUACAUCAGUAUUGCUCCUGCUGUGUGA